AACCUGUGACGUAGGCUAUAUUAUACCCAAUUAUAAAAUAAGUUACACAUUUAAUAAUAAAUUCAUCACAUUUUCAAGAGCAAACGAUUUUGAAUAAAAAAAGUUUUUAAACAAAACAGUUUUCUUCUUUAUAGAAAACUAUAACUAAUAUGAAAAUAAAUAAAUGCGGAAAUUUUGAGUGUAAAAUCGUUUGCUAUUUUUUAUCGUUUUAACUCUAAUUUUUAAACAGCUCUUUGCAGAGAAAUGGCUUUAUAACCAAAAGAGGUUUAUUACUCAUGCCAUACAGUUUAAUUUAAUCAUGUCUCAAUCAUACUUGUCCAUUAUUACGAAAGAUACAGACUUCUGGACAAAUUUAGAGAACUUACAGAGACUACUAAUGUCUUUUUCAAAGCCUAUCAAAAUCGAAUCGAAUUUUGGAAUUUUAAAUGAAGCUGUAAUAAAUAAACAAGAAUGUACCAAAAAUUAUCCAAAAGAUUUAACCACAUUCAAGCCCAAUGGAGGACCGAGCAAGAACAUGUUGCUCAAGAAAAUUGAAGAUAUAUUUCAAGAUUAUGUUCAUAAAAAUAGCACCAAAAGUUUAUCUGUACUAGCACUACCUAACCGAAAGAUAUGGAAAAACACCAGUUACACAAGAGAACGCGGACUGAAACUGAUUGAGAACCCGAUAUUACAGAAGAUUGGAAAUCGAAGUGGCCCUUCUUCGCAGAAACUGAUCAAAGUGAUGCAUGUGCUGACGAAAAUUCACUCGCUCAUAAAGUCAAACACUUACAGAACAAAAAGAGAGCUUUAUUAUGAAGAUGUUACGAUCUUCAAAAGUCAAAAGGAACUGGAUGAUAUCUUAGAUGAUCUUGCUUGCCUUUUGAAAACGCCGAAAGUUCAAUUGCAUGUGUUAACAACUUCAAAAGGAUGUAUUGCCGGCCAUUUAAAAUUCAAAGAAGCUGAAGGAAACUAUAUCGAUUGCAGUAAAACUACUCAGGGGAUUCUGCUGCCUAAUGACAUUAGUUCUAUUACGUAUAUCCAGUCAGAUGCUCGCUUUAUAUUACUUGUGGAAAAGAGCGCUGUGUUUCAGAUGUUACUCGAUUCGAAUUUCAUCGAAGAAUUUCAACCUUGUAUCUUAAUAACUGGUAAGGGAUUUCCUGAUGUGAAUACCAGAGAAAUGUUGCGCAAACUGUGGGAUGUAUUAGAAAUUCCUAUUUUAGGUUUAGUAGAUGCAGACCCUUAUGGAAUCGAAAUUUUGUGUGUUUACAAAUUUGGAUCAAUGGCAAUGUCAUUUGAUGUAGAAAAGUUAGCAGUACCGGAGAUUCGAUGGUUAGGGCUACUACAGACUGAUAUCCAAAGGUUAAAAUUUCCAACUGCAGCAGUAACACCACUGACAGAAAAUGAUAUGAAAAAAGCAAUGGCCUUACUGUCAAGACCCUAUAUACAAAACAACAUUCAAUGGCAAAGACAGAUUCAGUUGAUGUUGGAGCAAUCAGUAAAGGCAGAAAUCGAAGGACUUAGUAAACUUGAUUCCCUUUUCCUCUCUUCAAUUUACUUACCAAAUAAAAUCAAAUAUGGAGGAUGGAUUUGACAAACUGAAAAAAUUCUAAGGACUCACUUUGAACUCUACGGACUUAAUUCAUGAUAAAAAUAAAUAUCUCUUCAAUGAAAUUUAAAUAUUUAUGUUAAAUAAAUUAAUAUAUUAUGUUAUCUAUAUACAGUUUUCUUUGUAGGGAUAUUAAAUAAAAUUACUGUAUUCAACUUCUAGUUCUUUGAAUUAUACUCACAAGAUUUAAAGAUAAGACACAAUAUAAAAUUCAUAAGUGUAAUAUUAAAUUUCAAAAUACUUUCUCAUUAAAUAAUAAAUUUAAUUUAGUCAAGACUUUUUUUACAUACAUUAAAGAACAAAACAGUUAAAAACUCCCAGCUUCUCAGCCUCCAUUUACUAUGAUAAAGAUUUAUGAACCCUGAUUAAACUUGUGAGAGAGAAUAUU